AUGCCGACUACUGUGACAAAAAUUAUGGAAUCUGGUGACAUACCAUCUUUACAUUGGGAAAAUGCUCCAAGCCACGAGGAGAUGGUUGAUGAACCUGUGCAGGCAGAAUUCUUUCAUAAAGAUUUAAAGGAACAGACCCAAAGAGUAAUCCUAAAUAUGUAUGAUUGUCUGAAAAACGAAAAUCCAGAUUCCUCGCAAAAUCAAAUUUUAAACAGAAUUUGUAUCCUGACAAAAAUCAGUCGGUCUACCAUUUAUCGGGUUAUAAAAAGGGGAGAUGUAGUCAACCAUUCCUUCCACAGAAAGCGCAUAGGGCAAAAAUUAAAAAGAAUAGACGUGGGUUUUCAGGAAGAUAUUCGUCGUAUAAUAUACGGAUUUUAUAAAGAAAAUUUGGUGCCCACGUUGGAAAUGAUACGGGAUAAAUUAAAAGAUUAUCCUGAAGAUUUUUAUAAUUACAAAUGCUUAGACUCACUGCACUGUAUUGUAAAACUGUGUGGUUUUCAAUACAAAAAAUUAGAUAAAAUAAUGGUGAUUAUGGAGUCGUUUCGAAUCGUUGAAUUGCGCCAAGAAUGUUUGCACAAAGUUAAAAUCUAUAGAGAGCAGAAAAUAAAUCUGAUUUACCUGGAUGAAACGUGGUAUGAUACCCAUGAUGUUGUGCAGUACGGCUGGGUUGACGACAGCAACAAUGAAAAUGGAUUUAUACCUAAUGCCUUGCUGUUAUCUGCCAAAAAUAUCAAAGAAUCAUGUGCCGACUAUCAUGAGGACAUGACCUCCGACUUAUUUGAAAAGUGGAUAGAGCAGCAGUUAAUACCAAACAUUUCCCCAAAUUCAGUGAUUAUUAUGGACAAUGCGCCAUACCAUUCCCGACAGAAAAACAAAAUUCCGAAUACAGGCACAAAAAAACAAGACAUUAUUGAUUUUAUGAAGGAUAAGGGAAUGGAAAUACCACAAAAAUCAACCAAAGCCAUAUUAUUGGAUCUUAUUAAAAGACAAAAAUUUGAAAAAGAGUAUGUUGUUGACAAUCUGCUUCAGCAAAAUGGCCAUGAAGUAUUACGUCUACCUCCCUAUUACUGCAUUUUUAACCCGAUUGAGUUGGUCUGGGCUGCUUUAAAAAAAAAUGAAUCGCUAUUGGCCACAAUAAGAGAUGCAGUAUCUCAUAUUGCUGCCACAGACCUAUGGAAGCAGUGUUCUAGGCAUAUUAUUGAAAAAGAAAAUGAAUAUUGUGUUUUGCCUCCUGUAAAUCCCGUUGUAAUUCCUCUACAAGAUGACUCUAGCGACAGCUCCGAAGGCGAGGAUGAUAUAUAA